AUGACCCAUCGUGCUAUUCAAAUACAGAAUACCCGCCAACAAUCCUGGCUUUUUCAAGGUUGUACCAGCGAGAAGAGGAUAGUACGUAAAGAUGGAUCAGCGACAUGGGAUUUUGCUGGACAUCAUGUAGUUUUUUCCAUAUACGGCCCAGAUGAAGCUAAGAUCCAUGACGAACUUACUCAUCGUGCAUAUGUUGACGUCACAGUUACACCUCGUACUGGACAACGAACAUCAAAGGAAUCAGAGCUUGAAGUUUACCUUAACAAUCUUUUGGAACGUCUGAUUGAUGUGAAGGAGUUCCCACGAUCUAAGUUUACUGGACGUUUGUUUAUUGUCACUGGUGGCACUAAUCAUCCUAGAACAGUGGCUGCAGCCAUAAACGCAAUCUCAUUAGCUCUUCUUUUGUCUGGUUUACCACUACGGGCAACAAUUGCAUCAGUAUGUCAUACAAUCCAAAAUGCUUUAAUCACAUUUGUAAUAGAUGUAACUCAUCCAAAGCUUUAUACUAAAAAGUAUGGUUCUAAUGAACCUAGUAUAUUUGCUAUCUAUACUGGUCAAACACAUUCUGAAAUUGACAAAACUAAUGGAUCAUCUUUACAUAUCUCAAUUCAAAAUUUUCUUGAUAUGAUCAAAUUACCAGAAUCAAAUGACAAUAAUAUAAACAUCACAGAGAAUACAAAACAUGAAAGUAUUUAUGAACAAGCUUUAAGUUUACUUGAUGCAAUGGUAUCACAAAUUGUUUCUAAUGUACAUACAUAGUAAAUAUUACAUUCUCUAUGAAUCAACUAUACAAUGUAUUUGUAAAUAUAAUUUCUACUGUAACCAAUAUUUCUUUCUUGUUUUGUUUUCUUCUUCACCGAAUAAUGCAUGAUAUUAGCGUUGUGAAUAGAAGAUACUAUGUUAUAAGUGUUUUAAAGUGUUGUUAAACGAAUCCAAUUCAAUGAUAUUCUAAUCCGAUAACCUAAAUCUUAGAUUAAAAACUAUGAUCUAAUUGAGUAAAAAUUGAAGUUUUAGUCCACAGAUCUGAUUUAAUUUAUUCAGAGAAUUUUAUCGUUCAAAAUUUUCUAUGAAUAUGAUCAAGGGAAUUAGUCAAUUACAACAUAGGACCAAGCACAUAUAUGCAUCGGUCCAAGUUGCCAUACUUCAUUAGCAUAGCAAGAUAAACACCUGAUUCAUAGAAGUAGUUAAUUCAAUGAUGGUAAUGUAUAAAAGAAAAAUUGUAUAUAAGGAUACAGUACAGGAAGAAAGAAUUAGUUCGUAGAAAGAAAGAUAUGAAGCGAUUUUAAUCUCAUAGCUUAAGGGAAGACAGAGAGUGUAUACACCUACGCCAUUGUGAUUGAUUCUGAACCAAGUCAACCAGAAUCACCAACCAUUGAUUAUGAUAGUCACACGGACCCUAACCAAGUAGUCUGCAUCUACCAACAUGGGUCAGAUUAGAAGUUGGUGACUUCAAGCACUCAUGUCAGGUUUUGGUUUGGUCGCCCCUAACUUUCUUCUAACUAGCCAGCAUUGCGCGUCAUGGUAAUCGGUGGUCGGGCAUACGUAACACGUGGCCCAACCAUCU